CCUAUAUUUAAUAUGGGAUCUAUAUAAGAACCCGCAAAAUAUGUGCGCCUUAAAUGUGUUAACUUUCAUACUGGAAGCAUCCUAUAGCAAUUACGCGCAAGUCGGUCUUAAAUUGAAAUUAAAAUAGAGUUGUCUCCCCUACUCUAGGUCAGUAAAGAACCCAUCUCUACAUCAUCUAGACGCUUGCAUAGAACCCGCAAUUUUAUGUAUGCCCCGCAGUUAAAGCGCGUGAAGUGAUAUAGAACACGAAGAUCAGAAAAUGGCGGCAGUUAACGGGUGUUACAUGUGAUAUUGAAAAUUAAUAGAUCUACAGUACUCAGUAAUGAUGUAUUUCAAGGAAAUGAGACCAAGAAGAAAGAAACAGGAGAAUGUGGCAGCAGACUGCAUUGAUUCAGGGGAGGACCUCAAAGAUUUUGUUAUUGAACAUAUACCACCAAAAGGUCUUGGUGUUAGAACAACAAUAAAUAGAACAAAAGGAGAUUUCUUAAUGAUUUAUCCCGGCGAACUGAUAACAGAAAGAGAAGGGGAAGAACGUGAAGAACGUGAACCAUCCGUGUUUAGAUACUUCUUCCAAUAUAAAAGGAAAGGGUGGUGUAUGGAUGCUACUAGUGAAUUAGAUGUUGGGCCUCGGCUAGGUCGUCUGGUGAACCACGGUGGUAAAGGUAGAAAUUGUGUUAUGAAAACCCUGGAGUUCAACAAAAGGCCAUAUCUUUGCUUGUUUGCUGCUAAAGAUAUUCCACAAGGUGAAGAGUUACUGUAUGAUUACGGCAUUAAGGAUUUGCCUUGGGAGAGAAAAGCUGACACAGAAUUGGUGGCCGCUACUGACAAUCUGGAGAACAUGCUGGAGGCCCAGACUACAGACAAUCUGAAGAACAUGAAGGAGGCCCAGACUACAGACAAUCUGGACAACACGCUGGAGGCCCAGACUACAGAUAAUCUGGAGAACAUGCUGGAGGCCCAGACUACAGACAAUCUGGAGAACAUGCAGGAGGCCCAGACUACAGAUAAUCUGGACGAAAUGCUGGAGGCCCAGACUACAGAUAAUCUGGAGAACAUGCAGGAGGCCCAGACUACAGACAAUCUGGAGAACACACUGGAGGCCCAGACUACAGACAAUCUGGAGAACAUGCUGGAGGCAGAGGCUACAGACAAUCUGGAGAACAUGCAGGAGGCCCAGACUACAGAUAAUCUGGACGAAAUGCUGGAGGCCCAGACUACAGAUAAUCUGGAGAACAUGCAGGAGGCCCAGACUACAGACAAUCUGGACAACACACUGGAGGCCCAGACUACAGACAAUCUGGAGAACAUGCUGGAGGCAGAGGCUACAGACAAUCUGGAGAACAUGCAGGAGGCCCAGACUACAGAUAAUCUGGACGAAAUGCUGGAAGCCCAGACUACAGAUAAUCUGGAGAACAUGAAGGAGGCCCAGACUACAGAUAAUCUGGAGAACAUGCUGGAGGGCCAGACUACAGAUAUUCUGGAGAACAUGCUGGAGACCCAGACUACAGAUAAUCUGGAGAACAUGCUGGAGGCCCAGACUACAGACAAUCUGGAGAACAUACAGGAGGCCCAGACUACAGAUAAUCUGGAGAACCCGCUGGAGACCCAGACUACAUAUAAUCUGGAGAACAUGCUGGAGGCCCAGACUACAGACAAUCUGGAGAACAUGCUGGAGGCCCAGACUACAGACAAUCUGGAGUUAAUUCUGGAGGCCCAGACUACAGACAAUCUGGAAAACGUGCGGGAUGCCCAGACUAUAGACAAUCUGGAGAACAUGCUGGAGACCCAGACUACAGACAAUCUGGAGAACAUGCUGGAGAUCCCGACUACAGACAAUCUGGACGAAAUGCUGGAGAUCCAGACUACAGACAAUCUGGACGAAAUGCUGGAGGUCCAGACUAAAGACAAUCUGGAGAACACGCUGGAGGCUCAGACUACAGACAAUCUGGAGAACAUACUGGAGGCCCAGACUACAGACAAUCUGGACGAAAUGCUGGAGGCCCAGACUACAGAUAAUCUGGAGAACAUGCUGGAGGCCCAGACUACAGAUAAUCUGGGCAACAUGCUGGAGGCCCAGACUACAGAUAAUCUGGGCAACAUGCUGAAGACACAGAUUAUGACUGAGGAGCAGGUACACCCCAGCAAGAUACAGGACCAGAUCUCCGGUAAUAAUGCCCUGAUGAAGGAGAUGGCUGUGCGACUUACCAGCCUUAAGUCUAUACAGACAGCUGCAGAGGAGCUGAUCAAACAAGCCACUGAUUUGCAGGAUGGUGAUGCGAAAGAUAUUCCUCAUGGCACCAACAAGUUCUGGGAUGAACUGCAACAGUUGACACAUACGCUGAAGCACAUGUCUGACAGGCUUGGCAAUCAGGAGCCCACGGUGGAGCCCACGGUGGAGCCCAGCCUCAUCCGGGAACAGCAGGAAACACUAGAGGAAUUAGCAUUACAGAACUCAAAUGUGAACCCUCUGAACCAGCCAGUAGAUCCCACUUGUGAACUAAUGCAGAUAGAAGGCGACCUUUUGCUGGGGCAGCCCAAUGCCACCAACCCCCAUGACAGACAGAGCAGGACGAACUAUGGACUCGGAAGACAAGUUGCUGUUGUUGAUCCUUCGAGGCAAUUUUCUGAAAAUGAAUUGGGAUGUGAUUACGAUGGACUACCAUCAGAUGAUGAGAGUAUUGUACUUUCAUCUGGUUCAAGCUAUGCACCAUCGGUACUGUCAGGAGAGGAUAAUGAAGAUGACGAUGAAGAUGACGAUUCAUCUGUUAUAAUUCCUGUAACACAAACAAACAAGAGAUCUUGGACUGCAAUAGGGAGAGUGGCUUCUAGUGAAGAUAUAGGAGAUAAUGAGCCACCCAGGAAACAGAGGACUUUACCAGUGUUGGGGCCAUCCACAUCUAGCGAGUUUGAUGCUACAAGCAAGAAUACUAGUGAUGGACAUCAUGGGAAGACGUGGAAGAAAUCUUGCUUAAAAAUGGUAAAUGAACACUUAAGGCCUAAAGAAACUUGUUUGUUUGCCCUUAUGUCUUUUGCUCUAUAA